AUGACUUCGCGUGUCAACGUUGAUUCCUUUUUGGACGCAGCGCGUUCUGUGCCUCUCAUGGGUGACCAAAGUGCCGCCCAAGUGUUAUGGGGCGAGGAAGAGGAAAACGAGAACCUAUGCCCAUCCCUCACCUUUGAACAGCGGCUCAUAGGCUUUGGCACCUGUCUUGGCCUUGGAUUCUUAUUUUCUAUAUUUGCGUGGAUAUCCAUCUUCUCGCUCGACUUCAAUACAUUUGCGGUUAUUAACACUGCAGCAAACAUCGCUUCCAUUGGAAGUACCAUGUUUCUUUGCGGGCCCCUGACGCAGCUCAAGCGAAUGUUUGAUUCCACGCGUUUGGUCGCCACUGUUGUAUACCUUUUAUCGAUGGUGUUAACGUUUGUUGUGGCGCUUGUGCUUCGCAUUCCGUGGCUGACGAUCAUCACUGUGCUGGUGCAGUAUGUGGCAAUGCUGUGGUACUGUCUCAGCUACAUCCCCUUUGCACGCACAGCCGUUUUAAGGCUGGUGGGACUCGAAUGA